AGGUAGGUUAUUUUAAAUUAUCAACGUGCGCAACUUUUAAUUUCUUUUGCGCUCGUAGAUAAAUGCGCAAUUACCAUCGUAAAUAGGUUUACCUGCAUUUUCUUUGUUUACACAGGGUUAUGAAACAAUAGGCAGAUCAUUUCGUCUGUCGCUUACAGAGCGCCAGAUUAUUACGAACUAUGUCAGGUGAUGUACAACCAAGAAAACGAAAAGAAAAGAGGAGGAAAAAAGAUGAACUGGGAAUCGAGGAGCUGCGUGGAACAGCCGCAGUAUUUGGUGAAGGCGAUGUGCUAAUACAUUCAUACCAUGAGCAUGGCACUGGGGGACAUUGGUGUGCUAAGAUAAUUUUCUUCUCUUUAUUGGCUGUUCUUGUCACAUUAAUAGGAUUGAUUAUUCUUGAAAAUAGAGGACUGUCAGAAUUGGAAGCAAAUGCAGUAGAAUCUCGAUAUUCUGGAGUACUGGAUGGUUGGAUUGAAGAUGCACCCUAUGACGAUCAUCAUGAUGAACAUACAUUGGAAUUAAAACAUCAUGACUAUAAAAAAAUACAUGAUGAUGACGAUGAUGAUGAGCAUCAUGUUAGUGAAUCAGCACAUAUUGAAGAUGAUGAUCACUCUGAAGAACAUAUGCAUGAAGAUGAAGAGGAAAACACUAGUAUUGAAGACGAUGCUGAUGAAGAAACGGAAGAAAGUGACGACGGUGAUGAUGAUCAAGACGAAGAUGAUAAUAAUGGUAGUGAAGACGAGGAUGUAGAAGCUAAUGAUAAUGAGGAUGAUCAAAACAUUGAAUACAAGAAAUAUUACAAACGCGAUAUAUAUGGUGAAAACGAUAAUAAUUUCCAAGAGGAGCGUGAUGAAAAUUCGGAAGAAGAUUUGAAAAAUGAUAUUGAAAAUUAUGAUGAUGGCGAUGACAUUGAUGAAAAUAAGAGUGAUGAAAUAAGGAACAAUAAUGACAACUACGAAAAUGAAGAUAUUGAGCAAAAUUUAAGAGAUUAUGAAGAUGAUAUUGAUGAAAAUUUUGACACAGAUGACAAGGAUAGUGAAAUUGAGGGUACUGAUGAAAACGCAGUAGAAAAAGGAGAAGAAAUCAGUGAAGAAAUAGAGAAAAUAGAGAGAGAAGUUUUAGAUGAAGAAGAAGUGCCAAUUUCUGAUGAAGUAACAUACAGAUAUGAAGACAAAAUCACAGAUAAGGAAGACUUUAAAGAAGAUGAAAAUGAAGAUGACAGCUCAUUUGAAGACGAAGAGAUGACUGAACAGCCAAUAGUUGAACAAAUUACUGCGCCAUCAAGCAAACCUUUUGUCGAGUUGGAAGAUGAAACAUCCGCAGAGAAACCAACAAAUAGGUUAGAUGAAGAGGAGGAGUAUGAGAAGCGCCAGGAGCAGCUUCGCCUUGAAAAAGAAGAAUCUUCAUCAAAGAUAUGGCUGAAGUUGGUGGUGGGUGGCGCGCUGCUGGUGGCCACACACGCCGUUAUACGUCGCUCGACGGCGCCACGCGAUACUGCAGAAAAUGAAGCGAAUGCAAGACAAGAGGAAACUCCACCUGUAAUUGACAGACGAAUGACUCUCAUUCACACAAAUGAAUCAAUACCACAGCAACCACAUUAUGAGCCUCCACAUGAAGAACAAGUCAAAAAGAUUACUUCAGAUACAAAAAUUGUUCAAUCAGUUCCAAUCCAAAAACAAGAAAGUGAAGAAGAUCAAGAAGUCUCAAAGAAAUUUGAGACUGAAGAAGUUAUUACAGAAGAGGCAUCAAACGACGUUUUAGACAAAGAAUUGUAUAGUGAUGAUGAUGAUGAAGAGGUUGACGAUGAAGAGAUAAUAGAAGAGAAGAAGGAAUAUCCAAAAGAAAGUAGUCUAUAUGAUGAUAAAGAUCAGGAGGAAUCGGAAACCGAGGAAGUUCCGGACGACGUAGAAAUAAUAGACGACGAGCAGAUUGAAGAGGAAAUUGAAGAAGAGGUUGAAGACGAAGAAGAUAUUUCAGAUGUCGAUGAUGCUGAAUUACUGAGUCGCCUCGAAGCUAAAUACGGACGCUUGCCUGAACCUGACAGACCUGAAUUAAAACAUAAGGAUGGCGGAAACAGCGCUGAAGACGAGUGGCCAGGCGAACCCAGCGAUCCGUACUGGCGUCAGCAACUUGACUAUGCUGAACAAGAAAUCCGCCAGGAUUGGCUGGACUAACACUUAGUUUUUUCGCACAUAAAAUAUCCCCUUACCAUAUAUCCUUUGCUCGUUGUGCCAUUUUUGCCCUUAUUCUCGUAGGCGUCGUGGACGGGUCAGGUUUUGUGCCAGCACCCCGCACAAUUCCUCCCCGACACGACCCCAUCGAUACUCAUUAUAAUAUUGCAUAUAUACGCAGUUUCGCUCGUUGAAUGCUCGAGUGACUUUUUUUACGUGGACGUAGCUAGACACAAAGACGAUCAAUUCUUAUUUAAAAUUGUACGUUUUAUUGUCUGUUUAAGUUUUUUACAUACGAUAUGCAUUAUUUAAGUUUUGUUAUUAUAAGACUCUUUUAGAUAUGAUUUAAAAAGUUUGAAUUUUUUUAAUAAAUUUUCUACGGAAGAUCGGGAUAUUCUCACGACAACGGAUUAAUGUAUCUAUUUUAAUAAACUAUGUAAUAAUUAAUAAUAAAUUUAAUAAAUGUAUGCAUAUUUAAGUAUGCAUUAUAAUUAAAACAGUAAUUAUUAUACAUACACACGGUGUCGAGUAAAGCAAAACGCAUUUCAUUGACAAUAUUAAUUUAACGCUAAAACUUACGAAUUCAUCUAAAAAAAAAACAUAGAGUUUUUUGAAAACUUAAUUUGCUCCUAACAAUGUUGUAGUCAAAAGCAACAACACUGAGUGCCUAACUGCGUCCAUUUACCUGGUAUGCGACUGCGACUUGUGUGAAUGUUGCGUGUGACUGUGUACUAACGUGCGGAGGGCGAGUGGGCGGCGGCUAACGGGCGGCUGGCGGGCGGCGCGCUGGGCGGCAGCGGGCGCGCGCGCUGGCUGGCGGCGCGCGCGCUCGACGCACAGGCCGAGGCGCGCCGCGACAACGCACUGCUCACACGCGCCGUCUCUGCCUAUCUGCACCUGCUCAAGAUGAACGAACAACUCUCCGAUACCAAACUUCUCGAAGUUGCCGCUAGAGCAUUGGACAGAAUACAGUUUAGAGGAACUUACCUAAGCGCUGAGCCUGUCUACCGACUGUUGAUUCGCCGGUUUCCAAAUGAGGUUUCUUAUAGGAACAAUUUAACUAUAUCCUUCCUUAUGGCCAAUAGAGCCGACUUAGCUGAAAGUGUAUUAAAAGAAACAUUGAAAAUAUGGCCUAACGAUCGUGUUGCACUGGCGCAUUAUGGAUUCGUCUUGAAAACUCAUUACAAUAAGCUCGAAGAAGCCGUUACGUUAUUCCAUAAAGCAUUAGAAAACGAUACGGGGCCGGCAUGUGAACCUCGUUUCUACUAUCAUUUGGGCGAUGCCCUGCUUUUACUGGGCCGAUUUGAAGAAGCCCAUGAGGUACACAAACGUGGCGCUAAGCACGGGCAUUUUCUAUCUCCUGUACAGCGUUCUUUAUACAACGUGGAGAGGCUAAAAAGUCGACCAUGGUGGCGCGUAGAUGAAACACCUUACGUGAAAUUAGCUCGAGCGUUAGAAAAGUCAUGGAAAAAUAUAUUAAAAGAGGGAGAAGCAGCGCGAGCUCUGUAUGAGAAAGAGAAGGAAGGAUUAAAAGAAAAGGGGGAGUGGUCCCAAUUAGAUUUAUUUGUGAGGGGUCAAGAGAUACCCGGACGUUGUAAAAGAGCGCCUGUUACUUGCUCGAUAGUUAAAACGGAACCUGCAGCGGCUAAUUGCAGACGAGGACAAAUAAAGUUUAGUUCUAUGGAGCCCGGAACGCAUGUCCGGCCACACGUGGGCCCCACCAAUUGCAGGCUGCGAAUGCAUUUAGGAUUAAGCAAUACCAAAGACACUUAUAUACGUGUGGACCAGGAAACCAGGCAGUGGCAGACGGGCAAAGUGCUGGUGUUCGACGACAGCUUCGAGCACGAGGUGUGGCACAACGGCACGGGCACGCGGCUCGUGCUCAUCGUGGACGUCUGGCACCCGCACCUCACGCCCGCCGAGCGCCGCCAGCUGCCCGCCAUCUGACCUAACAACCUUAUACAAACUGUUUCACUGUCCAAUGCAAUCCUAAUCGGACGUAGCUUUUUAUUUAAACUACGUUCAGUUGCGGAGAAAUAAUAAUUGUAUAAUCAUUUAUUAUUGUCAAUGGCAGAAAUGACAGUAUUAAAUUGAAAACUUAUCGAUUAGUAAGGUUCGCCACAUACAUUCGGAAAUCCGAACACAGCAAAUCCAUAUAAAAACAAGGCCCUAUCACACACGUACAGUAGUUUUUCGUUCGAAAUUUUGCAAGUAAAACGGGACUCCGAAUAUAUGUGGCCGACCCAUUCGGAAUUCCGAAACGGAAUACCGUAUCUAUGUAGCCGGUCUAAGUCUAAACAUCAAAUUAGUUUAAUUCUAACACAAAUCCAAUUUGGUACCAAAUCUUACAAUAUCAAACCAUAAAAAAAAAACUCGCCAACUGUUCACGAAAAGUACGAGUAGUUCGUUUAAUCCCUCUAAUUGUUGGUAUUAAGUUAUUUUAUCAUAUACGUAAUAUUAAGUUAUGUAAGUAUUAGGAUGUUAUAUACAUUUACAGAAAUGUUUGGUUAAGUUUUUGUAUUAUAUAAUUUCAAUGCUCG